ACAGUCAGUGGGGCUGGGCUUGACUCAGCGCUCACAGCCAGACAAGCCCAGCCCUUCAGGUCCUAAAACAGGUUUGCAUUACACACUCGGGUGGGGUUGUUAUCUGGUAUUCACACCACACCUACUUGCUGACUGUCUUUUGCUGAAAAGACGAGCAACACACCGUCUAAUCGGUCAGAUACCUCCGCGCUUUCCCACACCUCGUCCUUGCUCUGCCCCUCGGUCCACACGCUCCGAUCAUCGGUCAUGUUCCGCUGUGGGAUCGCCUACCCCCGGUGCAGGUGGAUUGUACCCCUGCUGCUGCUUUUCGCCAUUAUUUUUGACAUAAUCGCCAUCGCGGCUACAUCAGGAUGGGUGGAGGACGAGGACGCCAAGUCCCACUAUGCCAGUAUGUGGGACGUGUGCCGAGGCAGGAAUGACAACUGGGACUGCAAGUCACUCAUGGAGCACUGUAAGUGUCAGAUACAGGACAUGGACAGAAUGGGACCAUGAACAGUAGAGCAUAUGGGCCAAAAACAAGUGAAAUGUGUUGUUUACAUGAGCUGUUUCUAUAGUUUUAUUUGGCCAAGGUUGUAAAAUUCAACAGUAGGAUAUAAAAGGUCUUGACCUCUGAUAGUGGCCCCAAAGUCCAGGCUAAAAGGGAAAGAAAGGCCUACCACAGCCCUCUCUUCAGCCUGAACUUUGGUCAGAGACCGCCUAUAUUACCUCCAGCCUGAGUAAAUACAGUAGGAAGAAGAGAGAUUGACUACAGGUGUUGGACUGUAGCUGUAUCAGGUGUUGUUAUGGUCACUUCAGGACUUGACUUUCUUGAAAUAUCUCCUGCUCACAAUCUGUUUUAAUGUUGAUCUAAUGAGGGGCAAAAACAAGUAUACCAAAGUGUCUAAAUGGCCUUUAAUGACCCACAACAUUAGUAUUUCCCUCCAAAAAUACAACUAAAAAAGACACUCCUGAAGGGGACCUAGUGAGGUAUUUUCCUCACUCGGUAACCCCAAAAAUUGAACCAUUUAAAAUCUUGAAACUUAUGGAGCUUUAAACAAAACAACAGGUGCAGUUUUCAUUAAAAACUAUUAAAACUGAUCACAGCUGUUAUGAAACCUGUGGCUAAUUCUUAGACUAGUUACUGUAAGGAAAUAAGAGGCUACAUUUCACCUUUUGUUUGACCUUUAUAUAAAUGGUGGUGGACUACUCUAAUGAUAAUUUACAUUGGAUAAAAUUUCAUUUGGAAAACAGUGAUAGUGUCCUGAGCCAGUAGAGUUUUUGCACCUUUAAAAUUUAUCUGUACCAUAAUAUUUUACCUUUCUUGUAGCUAUAUACACUUUAUUCCCCCAGAACUGCUCACAGUGUGUUGAAAAAAAGUUGGCAUGGGGAAUAAACCUCUAGCAGAUGUUGAAUAUUUUAAAUGAUCUAUGGCCUGUACUUAAAAAAAGGAUUUGUAGAUGCCUUUCGAGGUGUGUUUUCCUGUCAGGCCUUUUUAGCUUUUCUUUGCCAUUGUAGUUUAAACCAAAGAUACAAGAUCUCAGUGACACACAUUUUAAAGUCUGAAAUGAUGUUAAACAAUAACUUAAACUGAGUAAAGCUCUGUUGUCUCUCUGUGUACCUGUUCUCAGGUUGUAUUUCUGUUAUUCUACACCUACGGUCUCAAACAAAGACUGUAUUGUUGUCCCUCAUCAGCCCCUAUAAAGGAAACUCUGAUAGCACAAAGUUCCAUGCUGUGAUCUGAAAAAAGUGUAACAGAGACGCUGACUACAUUUAAAACUCUUCCUAUCCUUGAUUUGAUUCACUUUAGACCACUUUAUUCCUUCUUUUUAAACAUCACUGUUGCUUGUAUAAAAAGCAAUGUUACACUUAAAUCUGUUAUCUAAGCUCAGCUGACCCAAAUAUUCUUUCACAUUUAAACCUUUUUUUUUUGGCUGCUAGAAACUUAAAUAUUUAAGUCUUAGUUUUAAAUAUGCAAAUAUUUGAUGGUUUCAGCAUCUCGAUAAUGAGAAUCAGAAGCUUUUCAUGGUCCAACAUGAUAGCUAAAGAUUCAGGGUUUUUCUUUGAUUGGUUUCAUAAGAUAUGACUUUGUAAAGUUAAUAUAUUUUUCUCACUUAUAGGUUGUUGUGCUUGAAUUUUCACAUUUCAAAGUAUCAUUUUUUGUCAGUUACAUAAAAUCCUGUCAAAACUGGCUUAACCUCUCUUGUCUAAAUUGCAGCUUGAGAAUUUCAAGACUAAGUUUCAACAAAAGUUGAAUAGUACUCUUCAAAGUAGACAUUCUUGGACACACAUGGAUUUACAAUUAACAGAUUGUAACCACUCUGACUUUAAAAAAGAGGGCAACACUUUUUUGUAGUUCUCAAAGUUAUAAAAGCAGUGCCACAAAUCCUUCAUGUACACUGCAAGGACAUUUUCUUCUAUAUUUUCUGUCCUUUUAUUGUCUUUUUUGACAUUUCAAACCAUUUCCUGUAGUUUCCUUCUUUGUCUGAACUGUUUGUUGCUUCUGUUUUGGAGUCUCUUUUUGUCCCAGCAUGACUGCUGCUGCUAAACAAAAGUCGAUCUCUGCUGCCAGAACACUGCUGCCUCAAUCUUUGGACGCAUUUUUGCCCCGAGGUUUCCCUGAGCGUUCUUGUGUCACAGCUCUGGCCCAGAUACUUGUGGUAAUAGGGUGUUCAACUGAAAACUGAGGAGGCAAACUGAGCCAGCAAAGUGGAUGUGUGUGGUCGUGGGACGCUGUGAAUAUUUGAAUCAGACUGAACAGCCUCCCUGUCAUUGUUGUAAAGCCACUCCCUGUACAAAAAGGAAGGCUGACGCUUUCCUGAGAACUACAGGAACAAACAUGUUUAAUGUUUCUGAAUGAGGUGUAAUUGGCAUAGCACAUGGAGCGUUCACAUGGCACAGAGACAACGCCAUGAGACAAUAAGAAAUAUCCCUACCUAAUUGGAGCAAAAUCCUCAAGAAACAUCCGAUAUUUGAUGAUUUGAACAGCCCUCUGUUUAGAUACUUUGAGUUUUAAAACUUAACUGUAUCACACAAUAUAUAUGCUAAACUGACUUGUACUUGUGUUUUUUAGUCUUUCUGACCACUUGAAGCACUUAAACACUGCUCACAUCAUUCACCCAGUCACACCACAUUCAUGCACUAAUGGCAGAGGUUGCUAUGGUAGGCUGAAUCCAUUCAUAUUCACUCACACACCACUAGCUAUGUUUGGGAUUCAGUGUCUUGCCCAAGAAUACUCCGGCCUGUGAUGGGGGAGCUGGGGUUGAACCCUCUAAUUAAGAGAUAACCCACUCGACCACUGAGCCACUGAGCCUCCCUGUGAACAUUACAGUUCACAAUUAAAAGAGCUGCAACGGUCGUAGUGAAGAAGCAUCUACAUUUUUAUCAUCUCAACUGAUUCGUUUGAAAAAAGAAGUUCAUUGAUUUGACAUUUUAGAGAAGACAAGAGAAACUGAUGCUGAUAUCAAACCAAACAGCAUUUCACUCAAUUACAAACAACAUAAAAAUACUCCACACAUUCACGUGAUAUUUAAUAAAACACUGUUCUGGUCUAUAAUCAAACUGCCAGAUAUGAAAAGUUUUACUGAUUCCAACUUUUCAAGCUAUCAUCUGCCUAUACUGAUACUUUGCUGAUUAUUCUGUGCAUCCCUACUCACUUAGUUUAACCAAGAGUCCAGAAUACAAACUUAUUGGAUCAAUGUUGACCAAACUUUAAAAAAAAAAGAGAUCAAAUCCUCACAUCUCUUCAGCAGUUUUGCUUAAAAGAAGCUUUAUUCACGUGGAACAGUCAAAUUAUUGUUAAAAAGUGAAUUAUCUGCUGAAGAUGAAUUGUUUCAUUACUGAAAACUACUGUAUGCAGUCUUAAGCAUGCUCACACUUGUUAAACUCACACAGUUUAACACCACUUUCACUGUCUUUCGAACUUGGCUCCUCUUGAAUUCCAGACUGGCUUGUUAACUUGUGCACAGAUUUCUCUAUCUUUCUCAGCAAAGCAAGUAGUUGUUGAAAAGGGACUUUGUAAAGCAUGAAUUAAACCGUAAAACUGUGAGGAACUGCUCUGAGAGCUCCUAGCUGGGCAGGUGUCCCAUUAAAGUCCUUCCAGGGAAAGUUUACAGUGUCAUUUUGAUCCCCAGUGCCUGCAUGAAAGCCUUUUUUUUCUACGAGCUUUUGAUGAGUAUUAUCCUUGACUGUAAAACCACAGCUGCCCUGGAUGCUUCAGAGAAAAAUACACUUGUCAGGUUCAGAGCUUUAUGCAGUGCACAUAGCAGAGUCUGAGUCUGCAUAGGUACUUUCUGCAAACACAAAAGUUAAAGACGGUGGUUAUGUAAAAGUGCAGUGAUGAAACCCUUUCUCUCCAAUCAGAUCAGGUAGACUGGUGUUACAGCUGGAUGCUUUUAAGUAAGAGUUACUGGGACAGGGAGUCAGUGGUCAUACACCUUUUUAAAAUGUUAAAGCAACUUAAAAGGGGAACAAAGAAGCAGUGCAGCAACACCAAGCAGCAGUUUUCCACAUUUUUACAUGAAUUACAAGUAUCAGAUCAGGGCUCACAAGAGAUAGACUCUUCCCAAGCUGGAAACGGACACAAGCUGUGCUGCUAGUGUCUCCAUAGAAGUAACCCUGGUUAAUAAAGACACAAAAGAUACAACAAGGCAGUGACAUGAAGACAUCCUCCAUUAUGGCCAUGCACUAUAUAUGCAGAUUUGAACCUUAGAAAAGUGAAUGGAAGCUGAUUAACAGCUGUAUAAUGUAAUCCUUGCAAAAAAAUGUAAGAAAAGAAAAGACCUGUGUUAUAUGAUUAGUAAGAUUUUUCUGACAUUGUUUUAUGAGUGAUGGUGUUUUUUUAUUUUUAUCUGCCUGCCUUUAAAGGGGAAAACACUGGAUGUUUCAUAAUAAAGACAACAGCUUCCACACUGCUUUAUAGUUAUCAAACUUCAUCUUUUGUUAGACUCCUGGCUACAGAAAUGACACGCAAUAACUUUCUUUGCCUAUGAUCAGAAUUCAGUUGAUGCCUCUAAGUCCUAAUAGUGAAGACAGACUUAUUCAAAUAAUCUUAAAUUCACAGCUUCACAGAUCAUCUUUUUGUUGGGGUACCUCUGAAUGCUAUCCAUGUGGAGGAAUGACAACCUUAUAUUUCAAACACAAAGGACUAAACCUUAAGAGAGACUGCAGGAUAAUUACAGCCUAGCUGAUUUCUGCACUGACAUGAGUGCUUUUUACUGAUACCCGCUUUGCUGCAGUUAUUUUUGUGGGAAAGUCUGACUCUCCCAGGCUGGCUGAUAUCAUCCAACCGCUUUGUUUAUGACCAAUCUAAUCUUAAGCGGGGGGGGGUCAGAUAAACAAACUCUGAAGCUCUGUCCAAUCAUUACAGAGGUGGUGAGUUAAUAAUUCUUUGGAUAGGUCCGGGUUUAUUAUUCUGGUCCUGAUAGGAAGAUGAUAAAAGUACACCAGAAUGAAAUGUGGUGUUGGUGACCGUGGUUGCCACUCAGCAUAAUGAGGUGUGUGGCUUAAAACAGAACUGGUUGAACUAGUCUGGCGUGUGUCAGUGUGUGCAUAAUGACAGAUGUACCUCAGGCUGAGGCGGGUAGGGCAUUACCUGAACACACACACACUCUCACAUAGAGGUAUGAAUAAUUUAGGGUGUUGUCUUAUCCAGUUACAAAGAGUUGGGUGUAACAGGUGAAGAAAAACCUUAGUGUGCAUUGACUUUUCUUUUACCAUUCAAACUUAUGAACUUGUGAUAAGUAAAUACAAUGGCCCGUGUCAGUCUGAUUAGUAAACUAAACAGCAGACUAAUAUGAGUCUCAGUGAAAGUCUUUGCCCAUAUUUUAGUCCUUUGCAAAGAGAAUUUAAUAAACUAUGAAAACAAAAACCCACGUCUGAAAAUAUAUAGAACAUUUGACAAAUACAGCCACUCAUGCUAAGACCUGCCUGUUUUAGACUCUGUUUCUUGUAAUUACAGAGGCCAUGUCUGCACAGUUACAGAGUGAAUGAGUGAAAGUGCUGUUAAGAGUGAGUUGGGUGUUAGCAGCAAGUCGACAGCUGCACCCCCGCCCCUCUCUCUCGAUAUCAGCCUGAACUUCACUGGUGGAAUGUGACUUCAUGAGUUGAUGUUACUAAUGAGAGUGAGCUGCUGCAUUUUUUGAGGACACAUUGCACAACACACUGCUCAUUUUUUACCAGAAAUAUGCCAAAACAGUUUUCCAACUAAACAGACAGGAAUGAUAACAGUUUGUUUUGACUUAAAAUGUAAUAUACUGUGCAGUUGUUGCUUUCUGUACUGUGCCUCCACUCAUGAACGACACAAGGUUGGGUUUUAUAAGUUUAGGAAGGGCACUUUAAAAUGUUGAUGCUGUGAUACAUUGUCUAAAGAAUUCAGACUAUAUAGAAUAAGUGGAUAUAAUACUCCUUGACGUAAAUCACUAUUCUGCCAAGUUUCGACCUUCACUUGGCUAUAUCUCUAUCCUGACUGAAAGGUUUUAAUGACUUGUCAACAACAAAGUCGCCACAUUGAAAAGCAGAACUUAAUCAGAGAUAAUAUGCUUAAAGAUACUGUCACUUACUCAAUUAAGACAUUUUUACCACCAAGAUCUUAUCUGAAUAAAAGUAGAAAAACAGUUCGAGAAUAAUGUUUAUAUAGACUUCAGUAAGGCCUGUUUGUUAAUCUGUAUAUUUGUUUCCUGACUCUAGCUUGGGCUCAGGCAGUGGCUGCUCUGAUGAUCAUCGGCCUCCUCAUCCUCAUCGUCGCUUUCAUCAUCUCCUGUGUGGCUCUGUGCUGCUCACUCAAUAUCAGCCUGCUGCCCCUCAUAGGAGUGCUGCUGAUCAUUGUUGGUAAGAUAUACACAUUUUUUUGGGGGGGAUUGUUAUUCCCCAGUACACCCAAUUUUGUCAUGUGUGAAAUUGCUUGGAAAUUAGGUGAAAAUGCUGCAAAAGAAUCAAAGGGAGCUGACAAAAACAGAGAAUAAGGCAUCAUACAAUGAUUACCUUUGAAAAUAACCAAGUUUAAAUCAGAUCAAGUGAAGUGUGGUAUCUAGAAUGACUCUGUUUUGGUUGCACUUCAACCUACCUGACUUGAAAGUGAAGUGGGUUGAAACAGCUUAACGGGCAGUAAGAUUUACAGACACUGAUAACAGACAUGCCUCCAGUCCUACAGUAUGUGGUAGUCAACCCUCUGAGAACAUGUAUAUACCUGCAUUUUGAUGACUCCUCAUAAUUUCACUGCACUCUCCUGGAGCAGCCCUGGGGCGGAUGAUAAGAAAAGAACUAUAACAACUAUAAGAACUAGAAUUUUGUCACUUUACCUCCGUGGUUAGGUGCUAAGGGGAAAGUUAUGAAGGCUCAUUCAUUGUCAAACUUAAACCUUGCUGUUUUUUUAAUGUAACCAUAGCAGAGUAAGGAUUUUGCGGCACAGUUGCUGAUAUGUCAGAUAUUUUUUGGACAAAUGCAAAAACUAGUACUUAUUUUUUAUUAUUAUAAACCUUUUUUUUUUUUUUUUUUUUUACAAAACCCUUUUUUUCCUUAAAUAUAAGAUAACCGGAUUAACUAUUAUAUGUUCUCAUAAUACAAGAAGCUAUAAAAGGAGCUUGUUUGAAUAAAAUAGUCAUGGCUUUACAUGUUUAUGAUUUGAGUUGACAACCAGUUAAUGUAUCAUGGGAGUUUUCUUUAGGAGAAGCUGAACCUGCCCAUUAAAUGAAUCGACUUGGAAGUGUAAAAGUCACUUUUAGUAUAAAACUAAACCAGGUGAACUAGAAAGGAAGAAGUGAUUAAUAUUUCCAUGAAUAAUAGAGGUUUAUAGUUUUGAGGAUGUGUGUGUGUUAGAGUUUCAACUGACAGAGGAGUUGAGGUAAAGGUUAUGGGUGUGUGUCAGCAUAAAGGAGUCAAAGUUAAGCAAGAAAUUCAAGCUUUGGUGUAAAAGAAAAGUGGGAGUGAUAUCCCAAAGAGUCUUAGCAGGAUGAUGAGUAAAAGGUUAUGAAAAAAAGGGAGUUUGAGGAAAAGGGAGAGGAGGAAGCCGAGAGUUUAGUAGACUUUCAUUAUAAGAGUAAACUAAUGAGGUCUUCAGUGUGGUGUUACCGUGGGAACAGCCGGUUUGGUAUGUUCGUCUGACUGACUCACAACACAAAGUUUGAGAGUAUGGGACAGAGCCAGGUGUAGUAGAACAACAAACAUAAAUCAGGUGUUCUGUGAUGUCAGUGUAAAGGUGCCAGAGGGAGUUAAGUGCAUUUUUCACCGCUGGAGUUUGAGAGUGAUUUGACGUGUGUCACCCACAGUUUGCACUAAACGACCUUUUGUUUCAGUCAUGAAAGGAGAACGAAGAGAGAUUAGAAAGAAUAAAUCAGAUCAGAAGUGUGGUUACAGUUUCCAUCUUUAAUCUCUUUAAUCUCAUCUGCUCAUUUAUGAAGAAAAUUCUCAUGUCUUUGAUCGGAGGAUCAGAGACAUAAAGCAAGAUCACUGUACCACAGUUAUUUAUAUAGACUGAUCAUAUCUUUGUUUGUGUUGGUUCGCCUUAAUGAAAAACUUUAUUAACUUUAGACCUAAUCAUAAAAUUCUCUAAAUUGACUCUUAGCACCUUUAAAGUUAGGUUUGUUUCCAUUUAUCCAUCCUACAGCAAUCACCCAUUUUGGCUGAUUAGAGGCAAACACUUCUAAGUGCGUACUUGUUCUUCUUGGUGCUAAAGCCUUUCGGAUAAAUGCCAAAGAUGGAAAAAUUCGCUGUUUCUUACUUAUUUUGUGCAACUGUCAAAAAUGAAACAAAAAACCUAACAAAGAAAAAAGCAUGUUGUAGGUCGGGAGGCCCUGUAGCUUUUCAUCUCCCUCUUCAUACCACACUGGAUCUAUAAACCAGCCAGAUGUUUUGGGUUGUCAGUGAGAUGCAAUGCACAACUGGCUACACUAAAUGCUAAUCAAUAUACUGAUUUCAAUAGCCAGUUUAUACAGGAAGAGGAAAACAUGCAGAGUAAGCUGUACUGUGGUAUCUUAAACAUAUCAUGUAUCACAGAAAGCUUCAACUAUUGUAUGAAGAAAAUGAUGGCACCGUUGAAUCAAGAAUUCAAAGUUUUGGAUUUCUAUGUUGAAAUGACUAAAACUGCAAACUGAGAUCAAACCUGUUCAAACAGUGCAUUUGAAUCAGUCCCUGUGGAAACAGAAGAGACACUAGAGGAUGAAUCAGAGAGUGAGAAGGGCACUGAAAACUUUUAAUAUUAGCUAACAUAAGGGACAGGAUGCUCCACCCGAAGUGUGUGACGGAGAGGUAUCGCAGGUCAUUCCUUCCUGCAGCCGUCAGACUCCACAACAGAAACCUCAGCGUGCAAUAAACCAUAUCAUUAUUCAUAUUCUGUACACAUGUAAAUAUGACUCAUGUACAUAUCUUUUUCUUUUUUCUUAACUUAAAUCUAAGUUUCUUUAUUCUUUAAUAUCUCUGUGUAUGUCUGUAUGCGGCUGUAAAUUUGGAAUUUCCCCCUGCAGGACUAUUAAAGGAACAUCUUAUCUUAUUUUAUUACUCUUGACUAUUUGGGCAUAAAAAUGAGUUAACAUGAUGUGAAUAAGCAUUAACACACAGAACAUGACGGGUGAUAAACAACCCAAGCUAUCCCAUUCUUCUUAAUGCCAUCAAACUGCUACCCUUAAGGAGAAACCCUUAGUGACAGAAUUUAUUUAUUGUGCAUUAAAGAGGCUUUUUAAUGUCCUUGUGUUUUUAUAUUUUAGCUGCUACAAUGUGAAGUAUUUAUGGAAAAUCCAGAGAUCCUCAGAGGUAGUUUUCAAGAGAAGUAUCACACCUGACUCACUGCCCUGCCCUGCCUAGGCUUUAAGGCAGAAAGGAUAAUGCAAAAUACAUUGUGAUGACUCUCAUGGAGGAGUGCGCUAAAGGACAAAACAGUGUCACACCUUUUUUGAGAAUCUCUGUCUGGAAAUUCUUACAAACAACCAGUAUCAGCUCUGUGCAUCAGAGAUCUGAUCUGAUCCCCGUCUGCAAGCACUGACUCAUCUUCAUCUCACAGAUGUUGAUAUGUUGAUGUAACUCCUAACACUUACAUGUGGAGGUAUCUUUCACAGAGUGCUGUUAGUGUCACUGAAUUGUGUUUCGUCAUCUGGGUGUGGGACCAAGCAGGAAUUUUAUUUUCCUUUCUUUUUGUUAGUUUCAAAGUAAAAUCAACUCCCAACGUAAUUCUGUUGAAGUGUGUGACCAACCUCUCUUCCCUCCCCUCCUUUUUUCCUGCAGUCAUCAUCCAGAUCAUUGCUCUCAUCAUCUACCCUGUGGAAUUCAACAAGAUGAUCUUUGAGGGCAACUAUUACUACACCUGGGCGUACGGCUUCGGCUGGGGCGCCACCCUCCUCUGCAUUGGCUGUGCGAUCCUCUUCUGCUGUCUGCCACGCUACGAGGACGAGCUGACCGGCCUGGCCAAGACCAAAUACAUCUACUCCUCUGCUUAAAGACAAAGACCUGCACGCACACCCAGUUACAGUUACAACCAUUUCUACUAGUCACUCUGGGCUGGAUCUAGAUCUGUGAACAUUUCUACGCUGCACUGUUCACCAGACAAUGGCCAUCCAAGAGGAAGAUCAGACGUAGGGGAUGAGUCUCUGUGGAAGUGGACUGUGAUUGGAUGUUGCCUCUGCUCCAAUAGAACCAUAGAACAGUGUCUAUUUUAGGUUAAGUCAGCAUCUUAGAAAGAUUUUUUCAUUAUUGUGUGUUUUAACAUACUGCGAUUGAGUGCAUCAAGGACAUAUUCCUCACAUUGUCUGUAUUUUUUUUUUUUAUCAGCGGUUUCCAAUGCAAGAUCACCCAAGUGCACUUAACCUAAGGGAUGUAAUUAUGUGUAAAGCUUUGCUUUCGCCUGAGCUGUUUUUAGAACUCCUCACAACAUUGAGACUCAUAUUUUUGCACAGGAUGCAUAAGGAAUAAUAACCUAUUAUUUGUUGUCCAUCCUGUUUUUUUUUUUUUCAUUUGUGUGUCUUUUUCUUUCUUCUUUGCGUUGCUGUGCAUGAGGUAAGAAGGAAGCUCGGCUUGAAUGUAAUCUACCUACAUAUAAAAAAAAAAUGUACAUGUAGUUUCAAGUUGUGUUUGCACCUUUAAUGUGUUUUUGGAUAAUCCUAACUUGCUGUUUGUCUUCAAAGUUUGUGUUUUUAUUAACUGAUUACCAAAAGGGGAAUAAGUGUGGGAGUUUGCUUUGCUGUCUUUGCAUUUGUUCUGAACACAGAAUGAUGAUACGACUAGUAGGUAGACAUAAGGAUGUGAUUGUUGUGUGACAUUACUAGAGUUGUUGUUUCUGUGUUGCCUUUUAGUUGAAAACCAACUAAGAUCCAUUUUUCAUACGUUUCCAUUAUUAACCUGUCACAAGCAAGUGGAGAAAAUAGACCCACUAAGUCAUUUUUGGGUGUUUUUUUCUCUAGUUGGAGACCAAUUUCUCACCAUGGGGUUAAAAUGACCAAAAUGUCAAGAAAUAAUCCCGCAUUCAAAAUUUUAUUGGACUAUGAGCUCCCUUGUUCAACAAAGAUGUCAAUGUUUUGGUUCAAAGGGAACAAUAUGUUCUUUUGCCUCUAAGAAGGUGUGUACUUUUACUGAGUGUUUUCUGAGGGAUUUGAGAUUUAAAGGUAUUUUCAUUCACAGAUAAAUGACCAAUCAUGUAUUUUUUUAAAAGCCUUCCCAAGUUUUGCAAACCAUCCGCUAGACUGUUGUGAAACUGAGACCAAUCUUCGAACAUACUGUGUGAUAAACUUGUGCCUUAGCGUCUUCAGUGUUGUGUUGCUGAAUUCAUGAGCGUCCUAUCAAACCAGCCGUUCUGGUUCUAUUGACUCAUGCUUAACCCUAGUCAUCAGUUUCACCUCUGCACAUGUUACAUCUCAAUUCAUGCCCAAACAAGACCAAAUGAUCAUGUUCAUUGCAUUACAGAGUUCUAAGUUCUAAUAUAAAUAAGGUAAUAAAAAAAGUGACAUUCGCUCCCCAAACUUCUGAUUUAUUGUCUGACUUGGAGUGUUUACAGUUUCUGCAUAAACAACAAUUAUCUUAUUAUUCAGAGGAAUCUAAUUGACAAAGUGAGCAGUUUCAGGUAGGUUUUUCUUGAGAGGAAUAUCAACCUGCAAACUUCAAACAUGAGAUGAAAAGUUGCUCUUCUCUUCACAGGCAUUAAAUUUGCUUCCAACGCCAGCAUUUUCAGACAUUACCAGUAACUGUAAGGGUACAAACUGUACUGUGGGGAAUGUCCUGGUAACAUUCAUCCACCUCUGUAAAUCAUCCAGCUGUUCUUCUGCUGUAGUAUAAAGUGAUUAUUUUUGGUAGUCUGUGUAUUUUUAUCGAAUAAAAAGCUUCUUUUGUGAAUUG